GGCUUCCAGUCGGAAACAGAGAAAAUUAAAACCAAAAAUGGUGACGCUAUUCUUUUCCUGUGCUUUCAUCUUGUUGAACGUGGUUUUCAUUGGAAAUGUUGAAAUGCUUCAAGAGAAGUCAAAAGCGUCUGGAGUUGCGUUUUGGAACCUGCCAAAAGGAAACCCUCUGAUGAUAGAACUUCAUCGUGACCCGGGAACUUUAUUGGGAAAAGGCAUAAAUGUAGACAUCUCAAGGAUAAAGCAAGGCGACUUUUCCAGCCUUCCAAAGAGUAUUGCAGACAUGUUAACGCCCCGCAGAGAAAGAUCUGCUAUGGAUUCGAAUGGUUGCACUAUUUCAGUUCAAACGAUCAAAACAAUUCCUGGUGUCUGCACAAGGUUAAAGGGAAAGAAACCUGCUUGUGUGAACAACGAAUACGUAGAUAUCGAUAGUAGGGACUGUCGAUAAGGUAUCUACUUCUCGUCUUUCUCUCGGUUCAACAAUAAGGAAUGAUCUUGGAAUUCUCUUCGGACAAAAGCUUUUCAUUAUGCGUAGUGUUCAAUGUCUAGUUUUGAACCCUUUCAUCUGCUGUGCAAUGUGAUGGAUUGAAUUGUGUAACUGUAAACGAUACAAGUUUUGUGAUUUUUAUACACUCCGGCACUAGUUCGUUAGAUUCGAUUGUUGUGCAGUGAAUCAUUGUUUGUUAUGUAAUUGUGUAAUGUGAAACAUUAUACUCGAUAGCAUGUUUGUUAAGUGUUCUUAAGCAAAGAUUUUAGAUGAUUAAACGUAAUGG